AUGCACGAAAGACGUGCGUACAUACUGGUGGGAUUCGCGCUUCAGAUAGCCGUCGCGCCGUCUGUUCUUGUCGGCCUGCAUGGCAUGUGCAGGAAAAACAACAUCAACAUUUACAGCCGAACCUCUCUCAGCUAUGGAUUCUCUACCGCCCCGGACAUUGAAAUUCGCCUUCUCAAAAUGUCGGUUUGGACUUUUGGAAUAGUCCAACCAGCGCGACUGUUCAGCACAUCAUCAGGAUCGGACCGAACCACCUUUGUCCAUGGCGCCUGCCGUCCUUGCACAACAUGA